AUGCAGGCAGUAACAGUUUUUUUCGGUACCUUGAGUUUCCUGUUCUUACUAACAUCAACCAUACUCAUGAUCGCAUCCAAUUGUGCCGUUCCAACUUCGGAUGAGAUAUACUUCAUGAGGACGACCAUGUCCGCUGCGCUGAGUCGCGAAAUACUAGGUCUAAUUCCACCAAGCGUCGCCGUCUUCGACCGCAUCACGGUCAGGAUUGGGUUACUGGGAUAUUGUAUCAAUGACACAUGCACGCAAUACCACCUUGGAUAUCGGCUCCCGGCUCUACUGAUGGGCGGUCCUAUAGGAAUAGAUUUCCUAAGCAGAGCAACCACGACCGCCCUGGUAAUCAAUCCGAUAUUCACUGCGUUCAGUGCCGCCUGUCUGCUCGCCUUCCUCAUCUCGAUUUUCCUGAAGAAGCCAGCGAUCGUUUUUGCGCUAAUGACCCUCAACACGAUCAUUGGCAUAGUCUGUCUGAUAAUCGAUUUCGCAAUUUUCGUCAGAGCUUAUUGGCUCAUCAGGUAUUCGCAGAGCGGGAUCAUUGGAUUGGUCGGCGUCGAAUACGGAAGCGCUCUAUGGCUCAUGCUUGCCGCUGUUAUUCUCACUCUAUUCUCAACACUAUUCUUCGCUUGCACACUGCAUCGAGGCGACAGUUCUCGAUCAAACAAAGGCAAAAGAGUCAUUGGACACCACAAUGGACCAUAA